CUAAUCUUCCCACAGUUUCUCCUUAGACUCGCCAUGGAUACUCUUACCUUCUCCGCGCCUCUCAGCCACUGCUCUUCCCCAGCCGUCCGCCACCCCUCUGUCCUCCAACCCUCAUCUCCCUCCUGCCUGUUUCUUAAUAGUAAGAAAACCCUAGCUUCUACGCUCAAUUGCUCUUUCAAUUCCGUCAACAGCCCAACUAUUUCCUCCCCAAAAUCGGCCGAAUCCCUACUUUUCCACCUCUCCGCUUCUUCGCCGCAGACGCCUGCGACGGCUAUGCGUGGAGCCGAGGCCGAUGUCAUGGGAUUAUUGCUCAAGGAGAGGAUUGUGUUUUUGGGGAAUAGCAUCGAUGAUUUCGUCGCUGACGCCAUUAUUAGUCAGUUGCUUUUGUUGGAUGCGCAGGACUCCACUAAAGAUAUUCGCCUCUUCGUCAAUUCUCCGGGAGGCUCACUUAGUGCUACGAUGGCCAUCUUUGAUGCUGUGCGGCUAGUGAGGGCUGAAGUCUCGACAGUUGCACUGGGAAUAUCAGCAUCUACAGCAUCCAUCAUUCUUGGCGGUGGUGCCAAGGGAAAACGCUUUGCGAUGCCUAAUACUCGAAUUAUGAUUCACCAACCACUUGGGGGUGCUAGUGGACAGGCUAUAGAUGUGGAAAUUCAGGCACGAGAAGUCAUGCAUAACAAAACAAAUGUCACCAAAAUUAUAUCCGAUUUCACGGGAAGACUGUUUGAACAGGUUGAGAAAGAUAUUGAUAGAGAUCGGUACAUGUCCCCAAUGGAAGCAGUUGAGUAUGGCAUUAUCGAUGCUGUCAUUGAUGGAGAUAGCAUUAUCCCGCUCGUACCAGUUCCUGAAAAGGUUAAGUCAUCUAUGUUUGAUUACGUGGAGAUCAGCAAGGAUCCCAAAAAGUUCUUGACGCCAGACAUCCCGGAUGAUGAGAUAUAUUGAUCAAAGCCGUACAGCAGACACUGUCGGUAUAUAUUUCAAGCAGAAGAGGGAUUCAGAAUAGGUUUGAUCCCGGCAACAGCCCCAGCCCCAACACGGCCAUUUUCAUCUGCUUCUAGGUUUUAUCUGCGGUCAAAUUGUUGCGUCGCAUCGGUAAUAGACUUGAUUUGAUGGAACUCCUGUUUUUUCCUCCUCCUCUUCAAGUUGUGUGUCCGGGGGAUGGGAUUUAUUUUAGUUUAUAAUGACUUAUCAAGGAGUGACAAAAUUUAUUUAUGAGGUUUUGAUUUUGGGUUUUGAUU